CGGCCGGCCAUGUGCGCGGCGGGGCUGCAGGCCGGCCACCUAGCCUUCCCGCCACUUUCUGCGGGGCUAGGAGUGGGAGGCUGAAGUGCGUGUGCUAACGUUAUGUCUUCGGCAUGAAAGCUGAGAGAUGGGGAAUCCUGACUCCUUCCAGAUUAAGCUGAGACAUCUAGCAGAGUCCUGGGAGACGGAAGGGCAGUGAGAAAGCUAGGAUUUAACUUGAAGCCGCCCUAGAUUCCACUAGGCUGACUGGGACAAGAGUCGCUGUUGAGGUACAAGGGGAGGAACUACAGAUGUUAUUUCUCCACUUCACCUAAACUGAGCAAGUCAAGUUCGUGACGAAAACGUACAUAUUCCUGUAGCCACCCCCCGCCUUUUUUUUUUUUUCUUAAACAUUCUUUUGAUGCCUUAUACUUCGUAGACUUUUCGUAACUGCUCGCCGAAUUCCCUUGGAUUACUGUCACCUCAGAGAAAAGAACUACAUUUAAUGAAGUACACCAUCCAUUGUGAAAGUGGAGAAGUAAAGAUUAUUCAUCAUGCCUGCUGUGGCUUCAGUUCCUAAAGAACUCUACCUCAGUUCUUCACUAAAAGACCUCAAUAAGAAGACAGAAGUUAAACCAGAGAAAAUAAGCACUAGGAAUUAUGUACAGAGUGCCCUGAAGAUCUUCAAGACCGCAGAAGAAAGCAGAUUAGAUCGUGAUGAGGAAAGGGCCUAUGUGCUAUAUAUGAAAUAUGUGACUGUUUAUAAUCUUAUCAAAAAAAGGCCUGAUUUCAAGCAACAGCAGGACUACUUUCAUUCAAUACUUGGACCUGCAAACAUCAAAAAAGCUAUUGAAGAAGCUGAGAGACUCUCUGAAAGCCUUAAACUCAGAUAUGAAGAAGCUGAAGUUCGGAAAAAACUUGAAGAAAAGGACAGACAGGAGAAAGAGCAGCUGCAGAAACAGAAAAGGCAGGAAACAGGAAGAGAGGAUGGUGGCACAUCAGCUAAAAGUUCUUUGGAAAAUGUAUUGGAUGCCAAAGACAAAGCCCACAAGAUAAAUGGUGAAAAGAGUGAAAAAAAUGAGACUACAGAGAAAGGAGCAAUCACAGCAAAGGAGCUUUACACAAUGAGGAUGGAUAAAAACAUCAGCUUGAUUAUAAUGGAUGCUCGAAGAAUGCAGGAUUAUCUGGAUUCCCAUAUUUCAAAUUCUCUCAGUGUUCCUGAAGAAGCCAUCAGUCCAGGAGUCACUGCUAGUUGGAUUGAAGCAAACCUCCCAGAUGAUUCUAAAGACACGUGGAAGAAGAGAGGGAAUGUGGAUUAUGUGGUACUUCUUGACUGGUUUAGUACUGCAAAAGAUUUACAACUUGGAACAACUCUGCGGAGUCUGAAAGAUGCACUUUUCAAGUGGGAAAGUAAAACUGUCCUGCACAAUGAGCCUUUGGUUUUAGAAGGAGGCUAUGAAAAUUGGCUCCUUUGUUAUCCACAGUAUACAACAAAUGCUAAAGUCACUCCACCCCCACGAGGCAAGAAUGAAGAGGUGUCUGUCUCAUUGGAUUUUACUUACCCCUCACUGGAAGAAUCAGUUCCUUCUAAACCUACUGCCCAGAUGACACCUCCUACAGAAGUCAAUGAAAACAUAGAAUUGAUAAACAAUCAAGAUGAGAGUGUGGGACCACUGAAUAUAUCAACUCCAGUUGAACCAAUUGCUGCUUCUAAAUCUGAUGUUUCACCCAUAAUUCAGCCAGUGCCUAUUAUAAAGAAUGUUCCACAGAUUGAUCGUACUAAAAAACCGGCAGUCAAAUUGCCUGAAGAUCAUAGAAUAAAAUCUGAAAUUACAGAUCAUGAGCAACAGUCUCCUCAGAAUGGAAAAGUUGUUCCUGAUCGGUCCACAAAACCGGUAUUUCCCCUUCCAACUGCCAUGUUAACAGAUGAAGAAAAAGCUCGUAUUCAUGCGGAAACUGCUCUUCUAAUGGAGAAAAACAAACAAGAAAAAGAACUUAGAGAAAGGCAGCAAGAGGAGCAGAAAGAGAAACUGAGGAAAGAAGAAGAAGAACAAAAAGACAGAAAGAAACAAGAAGCUGAAGAAAGUGAAAUCACAGAGAAGCAACAAAAAGCAAAAGAACAAAUGGAAAAGAAAGAAAGUGAACAGGCCAAGAAAGAAGAUAAAGAAACCUCAGCAAAGAAGGGCAGAGAAAUAACAGGAGUAAAAAGACAAAGUAAAAGUGAACAUGAAACUACUGAUGCCAAGAAAUCUGUGGAAGAUAGGGGGAAAAGGUGUCCAACCCCAGAAGUGCAGAAAAAGUCAACGGGAGAUGUGCCCCAUGCCUCUGUGGCAGGAGAUUCCAGUUCAGGCAAGUCUCGAGAGCCUUUGACAAGAGCACGAAGUGAAGAAAUGGGGAGGAUCGUACCAGGACUGCCUUCAGGCUGGGCCAAGUUUCUUGACCCUAUCACUGGAACUUUUCGUUACUAUCAUUCGCCCACCAACACUGUUCAUAUGUAUCCACCGGAAAUGGCUCCUUCAUCAGCACCUCCUUCCACCCCUCCAACUCAUAAAGCCAAGCCACAGAUUCCUGCCGAGCGGGAUAGAGAACCGUCCAAGCUGAAGCGCUCCUACUCCUCCCCAGAUAUAACCCAAGCCAUUCAAGAGGAAGAGAAGAGGAGACCAGCAGUAACUCCAACAGUUAAUCGGGAAACCAAGCCAACAAGCUACCCUAAAACUGAGAUCACAAGGCUUUCUGCUUCUCAAAUUCGGAACCUCAAUCCUGUUUUUGGAGGAUCUGGACCAGCUCUCACCGGACUUCGUAAUUUAGGAAAUACUUGUUACAUGAACUCAAUACUGCAGUGCCUAUGUAAUACUCCACAUCUGGCUGAUUAUUUCAACCGCAACUGUUAUCAGGAUGAUAUUAAUAGGUCAAAUUUGUUGGGGCAUAAAGGUGAAGUGGCGGAAGAAUUUGGCAUAAUCAUGAAAGCCCUGUGGACAGGACAGUACAGGUAUAUCAGUCCGAAAGACUUUAAAAUCACUAUUGGGAAGAUCAAUGACCAGUUUGCAGGAUACAGCCAGCAAGAUUCACAAGAACUGCUUCUGUUCCUAAUGGAUGGUCUCCAUGAAGAUCUUAAUAAAGCUGAUAAUCGGAAGAGACAUAAAGAAGAAAAUAAUGAUCAUCUCGAUGACUUUAAAGCUGCAGAACACGCUUGGCAGAAGCACAAGCAGCUCAAUGAAUCUAUCAUUGUUGCCCUUUUUCAGGGUCAAUUCAAAUCCACAGUACAGUGCCUCACCUGCCACAAAAAGUCUAGGACAUUUGAGGCUUUCAUGUAUCUGUCUCUACCACUAGCAUCUACAAGUAAAUGUACAUUACAGGAUUGCCUUAGAUUAUUUUCCAAAGAAGAAAAACUCACAGAUAACAACAGGUUUUACUGCAGUCAUUGCAGAACUCGACGGGAUUCGCUAAAAAAGAUAGAAAUCUGGAAGUUGCCACCUGUACUUUUAGUGCAUCUGAAACGUUUUUCCUAUGAUGGCAGAUGGAAGCAAAAAUUACAGACAUCUGUGGACUUCCCAUUAGAAAAUCUUGACUUGUCACAGUAUGUUAUUGGUCCAAAGAACAAUUUGAGGAAAUAUAACUUGUUUUCUGUUUCGAAUCACUAUGGUGGGCUGGAUGGAGGCCACUACACUGCCUAUUGUAAAAAUGCAGCAAGACAGCGGUGGUUUAAAUUUGAUGAUCAUGAAGUUUCUGAUAUUUCCGUUUCUUCUGUGAAAUCUUCAGCAGCUUAUAUCCUCUUUUAUACGUCAUUGGGACCACGAGUAACUGAUGUAGCCACAUAAGGAGAAGUAGGUUAUAAGCUAGUUAUCUUUUAACAGGCUGAGCAACACAAUUCUUGAAAUGCUUAAAGAUUCUGGAUAGCUAUAGCUGGCCAUUUAAAGGAAUUCUAGGACAGUGAGAGUUGUGUUACUAUACCAUAUACUUCAGGUCAGUGCUAUUAUCAAAAAACUGACCAAGAACAUUUAACAAGUAUUGCAGUAAGCAUUCCUUACAGGUACCAUUUAUUUCAAAACAACUUUUUUAGUUUGCUCCAAAGUUAAAAUAAUUAGCUAAGCAUAAUUAUUCUCCUGGUCUAAAAACCAUUGUAUCCUUUAUUUUCCUUUUUACUGUUAUGGCCUUUUCACAUUUCUAAAUCCCAGCUUGAUCUAUGAAUACUCUAGAAUGAUGUAAAACAGAUAGGAAUGUAUGUGUAUAUAUUUAUUGCACACUUGCACAUCAAGUCGAUGUACAUAGUAUAAUAUGUGGUCCUUUUGUGAAGGCUAGAACUCAGAGGAUUGCUUUUUUUUUUCUUUCCUUUUGGCCUAUUCUGAGUAAUUGCAGUGCUUUCUUAGGGAAAUGACAGGGCAAAGCUAUUUUUCUGUUGGCUUUGGGCUGUAUUUGUGCACUAAAUCUUUAUUCUAAAAAAAUAAAUGGAAACUUUUCUUUAAUUUUUUAAAUGAGAAUUUUCAUUUACACCUACAUUAAAAUCUUAUUGAGAAAAAUAA